GUUUUAUGGUCCAAUCUGGCAGGUCUUUAAUUGUAUCUAUUUGUAGUGCUUAAGCUGUCUGUUUGCUGUGGCAAUAUUGGACUUAACUAACAACAGAUGAGAACAAUAUGAAGUCGACUGUUUAAGCUGGGAUUAUAUAAUAUUUACAAUGCAAAAUAAAAGCGAACAUCAGAAGGGCACGAUCCGCUAGCUUUUAUUGUAUUGGUAACAUAUUUUUAGCAUUUGCUUACAGAAUCAGCUCAAACUAGUUGUGUUAAUUCUAAAAGUUGUAUCUUAAAGCUGCCACCCGUCUUAAACUUGAUCCAAUUAUCAUUUAAACUUAAUUUAAAUGUAUGUAAUUGCCCAUCAAAUCGGAUAUGCUCUUGAGUGCACGCAAAUCAUUCAUUGACUAUUGCAAAAUAUUAUAAGAACAAAAUAUAUGCCAAUUAAAAACAAUGUAGGAAAUUAAAUUAUCUGACAGCUUAGCUGGGAAACAUAAGACUUAAUCCAAGCAGAUAAAAACUAUAAGCAUCAUUAUAAUGGGUUAUUAUGAGGUUCACUUGACAAAGUUCAAUGUUCUUUCAACAAAGCACAAUUGUUUUGUUAUAAAAACCGAAAUUAAGGAAAUAGCUCAGCCAUAAAGGAAAGCCGGUUUGCAAUUUACGGUGUCUGCUUCCGUAAGAAUCUGCGAGGGAACAACACGCCACACUGAGCACAUCGCCAAGCCCAACUAACUUGGGUAGGAAACUAACUGAACUUCUGAUAACUUAGACGAGUAACCAGCUAGAAUUGGAACCUAUAUCUGCAUGUCAAAUUUGUAUGUUAGGUCUGAUUAAUUUCUUAUCAUAUGUGCUGCUCUGCUGCUCUAGUGGGUGUCAUUAAUCACAAGCCCAUUUAGUAUAGUUGUCAGCAAUGGUUUCGCAUAGACGUGGCUUCCAUGUGUUCUACAUCUGCAUUAUACUCCUGCUGCUGGUCGCGCUCUACUGGAAGACCCAGGCGAAACUGAAGGCCACCAGGGUGGGGCGUAUUGCCAAGAGUGGGUCAUUAGCAACACAAUCUAUAGUCGCUGACCCACUCUACGAUAAGAUUCGUGUCCUUUGCCUGGUGACCUACAAAUAUUGGUACACCGAUGCGGCCAGGUAUGUGAAGCGCACCUGGGGCAGGCAUUGCAAUGUGCUGCUGCUGGUUAGUGGGCAGGCGGAUCUGGAGCUGGAGCCCUAUGUGCCACUGGUCAACACAACAGACAAUUGGACGCUGGUGCGGCAGGGCCUUAUCUACGCGUUCGAAUACUACCAGCACGAUGUCGAUUGGUUUCUCAAAAUCGGGGACUGGAGGUAUCCAUAACUUUAUUUAAAUUGUGGCAUUCAUAAAUUGCCGGCUCACUCUUUGUCAUUAUUUUUUAUCGCUUGCAUAUGUUAUGACAUUCAAAACAUUCGUUUUACUUCUUUAUGUGCUGCCCCCCACUCCGGUUGCAUUUGACUUUUCAUUGAUAAAGUUAUCAGCCUCUGGCUAUGGGUUUACGGUUCCGUUCCGUUCAGUAUCAUUAUUUUCAUUCUUUUUUCUCGUUUUCUUGUGCUUCCUUUGCUGCUUUGUGGUUUGGCUCACACAACGUUUCCUUUAUCAACUGCGCCACGGCAGCAAGGAAGUAUCUUUUGAGAGCAGUUUUUAUCUGUAUCUGCCUUUUGUCGUCAUAUUCAGGCAACAACAACAACAACAACAAGUAUAUGCAUAUGCGCUUAGCUGAUUGCACUCCAGGGAGUUUUUCUUUCAUAAUUGGUACAAAUUUUGUCAGCUCUUUGAAAUUCAAACUGAACAUUUUCCCAGACCCAAGUCGCAGUAGAUGAAGAUUAUGUUGAUUAGCAAAAUGCAAAACUA